AUGUGGGAACAACGAGUACCAAAUGAUCUUAAAGAAUUACUGCAAGCAUUAAUUUGUAUACUAACUUGUUUAAAGCUAAACAUUAUUCAUUAUUAUGAAGAAUAUCAAAGAUUUAUUUUAAUCAACUUUGACUAUGCUGACUUUUUCCCUUCUGAUGAGCCUUUAGAAGAAUUUUCUGAAAGCGAUCAUGCUUCUGAAAUGCUAAAUAAAAAGCAUGAUUUUAAGGUUGAUAUAUGGGCAUUGGAAAUUUAA